AGUGUUUGUGCGUGGUACUCGUCAGGAUGAAAAGUACUACACUACACUCCGUCACUGCUUUCGUGGGUCGCGGUGCCCACUUGACCGCCCUCUCAGUGUUCUCCUAUGACAAUAUCCACUUCCUUUAGCCGGAGCCUCUACCUCACUUUACAACUUUUUCCGUUCUACGCAAGUUCCUGCCAUGGAUGCCAACGACAAACAGUCUUCUUCCACCCCCAUGGUCAAGCCUGGGCUCUCCAUUGCGUCCGCGACCGGCACUGGAGCCAAGUUCGAUCAGAAAGUGAUGCUAAAUUCCAACCAAAAAGGUGGCGACGAGUUAUCGAAGGAGACAUCGUCGCAGAGAGAGGCAUUGGCGAAGCAGUUUGUUGCUUCACAAGCUACGAUGGUUAUGGCGAAGCCGGCGAUUUUCCGUCGUUGAUUCUUAGUCGCUGACAGCUAAGCACAAUUCUUAGUACGAGAUACUAGCCGAUAAUGUGUCGCUGUGACACAAAAAAAUGAAUAUAGUGAGGCUAUAUCUGAGCAAUUACCGCUCUCGUAACUGAACUUCUUUGGUGAUAUCGUUCAUGUUUUCACUAAAUAGUUUUCCAGCCGGUAAAUACCAAAAGAUAUCUUCCA